CGCCGACGUCCCGUCUUGCCCCAGACACUCAGCCUGCUGCCAACCGUAUCACCUCUAAGCAGGCUGCACUUUUGACGUUGAAACUGCCAAACCGUGUGAAGUUAGCAUCGCCGUCGUCCCUUCCUUGCUCCAUGUCGUCGAAGACAUCCAAGUGGGGCAGCCAUCAUGGACGCCUCGCGCGAAGAGCUCGAAGACGCCAUCGCCCACAUCGUCCCUGACAAACCCUUUCCCAAGUACAUCGACGAGACCGUCUUCCUCGAGCUGCAGACUUUGCUGAACCAGCAUCCCGAUAGUGUUUUCAAAGUAUGGGCGCACGAGAACCCGCGGCUCUUUCUCCUCCUUCGCAUGCUAGGCUGCGACGACGAUGCACUCUACCAGAGACUCGACAGCGAGAACAUCGGUGACUUCUGGCUUCCUCUCGGAUCUGCUACACUGAAUCAGCUUUCGUCAUACACGAACAUCUCACCGCAAGACUGGCGCCGGGCACAACUCCAUGUCCUAUCGCAGUCUGACCAGAUGAGCGAGCACAAGCUGACUUCGCCAAUCCACGCGCACCGACACAUCCAGCACGGCGAUGCGCAUUUCGAAGAGCUGGAGAAGAUAGGCAAAGGAGGCUCGGCCGAGGUGGCCCGCGUGAGGCACAAGCUAUCGGCGAGGGAGUAUGCGUGCAAACGCAUCAAGAGAGCCGCUGAGGUCAAGACCCAGCGCAACCAGCUCAUUGAGUUCAAAGCUGAAGUCGGCGUGUUGAAACGUGUCAGCCACCACCAUCUUGUCAGUUUCGUCGCAAGCUUUACCGAUCUCUCCUCCUUCUCGCUGAUCCUCAAUCCUGUGGCGAAGGAUGUACUGAAGAGCAUGUUGGAGCGUCAGUCACGAGAGCAACCUCUGACCGAGCAAGACCUCUCUGUCCUGCGCCGCUCGUUCGGAUGCCUUGCGACUGCGCUUGCCUAUCUCCACGAAGAGGGCGUGCGUCAUAAAGACAUCAAGCCAGGAAACAUCCUGCUAAGCGAUGGACUCGUCUACCUAUGUGAUUUUGGCAUAUCACGCGACUGGUCCAAGGCCGAACACUCCACGACGGAAGAUGAAGUCUUGAAACUGACGCCUCGCUACUGCGCGCCGGAAGUGUUUGGACGCGAACCUCGCAACACGAAAAGCGACGUCUGGAGUCUGGGCUGUGUGUUCUUCGAGAUCAUCAGUGUAGUCAAGGGCUAUCCAAUGGAAGAGUUGAACAGCUUCCUGCUUGACGCAAGCGAGGACCAAAGCAGCAGAGGACUCUGGUGUGCAUUGGAUGCCAUGAACGCCUGGAUGGAGAAGAUUAGAAGCGAGAAGAACGACUCUGCAGACGACAUACCAUUAGGGUGGAUCACCACCAUGAUUCGCAUCGAGAAGGAGCAUCGUGUCAAGGCCAGUGAGCUAGUCGAGAUGAUAAUGAAAGCCUCCAGCGAGCUCGAAACUCCGGACUCGUACAUCGGCCCAUGUUGUACACGAAGCGACAGCGUGGCCCUGCCAAACCACGUGGACAGUCCCACGUUACAUGACCUUGGGUUUCAGGGCUUAGGCAUACAAAACGCACCUACCUCCCCUCCCAUGACGAACCGACUGCGUCUGCCGCAUAGACCCAGCACCAAUUCAUCAAGAGGACGAUCGAGCACCACACACUCGAGCCGGCAUGGCUCUGAAGACCGUACUCGAUCCGUCUCACCUCGCACGAAAAGUAUCGGGCCGCGAGACAGCACUGAGACUGCCUCUUUCCAUUCCGACUCUCUACAUUCUCGAUCAAGGGAUCCAUCUAUUAGCAAGCCGCUUCAGCAUAUAGCAUCGCGUACAGAUAGUGUACGGACUUCGAGUCACUUCAGCCCGCCUCGCCCAGACUCGGAAGCUACUUCUGUGUCCACCUUUCGACCACGCACUCCAGUGGCCCCUCCAGCCCAAUACGAAGUCAAAUGUAGCUGUGCUGCACAGCCCCAAGAAAGGCACAUCCUCAACAUACCCUACGUCUCGACACCCAACACCGUGCUUUUCGAUCCUGGUGUCCCAACCGUCCAGACCUGCGCAAAAUGCGAGAUCGGGGAAGACCGAAUCCAGCUCUACGAAACCCCCCGCGUCGGGCCUGAGCACGCAUCUACCUCCGCGAUGCCCAUGCUGUGGUGGACAACCCGCCGCCUGGUCCUCAGCUACGUCUCGGGCACGCCCAAGAUGCGACACUGCAGCGCCUUCUGGCUGCCCCUCGCAGACAUGCAGUUCGCGCUGCGCGAUAGCACCGUCACGCUCAAGUGGUCUGACUGCAACCACAUGACGGAGCGCCGGGCGGGGAACUACAGCACGCACUACGACUGGGUGUACGCGCCGGGCACACCCAACAACGCCGUCACCGUGCGCUUCCCUAGGCCCGCCGAGGCGCAGAAGUUCAUCGACGUGCUCAGGCUGCCGUGGGAGGACGGCGAAAGUAUCACAAACAAGCGGACCAUCGAUGUAGCGGAGAACACGGAGCUGACCAUCUUCGACAUUGGGCGCCCCGGCGUGCGCAACUACCGCGCGGCCACGCUCACCGUCGUCGCCGAUGCGCUCGCCACGUCGAAGCUGUACAUCCAGUGGCCCGAGGCGGACCUCGACAUCCACAUCCGGGACUCGUUCGAUGCGCGGUCGGCGGCGGCAACGGGGUACGAGAUGGUGGUCGAGAUGAAGAACGUAAGCACGCCGACGUACCACAGCGACACGCGGGGGGAGCCGGCGGCCGACCUUCAAAGGGUGGCGAGGUUCGGCGAGGCAAGGCAGGUUAAGACGAGUCUGAAGGUGGCGUUUGGGAUUGGGGUGCGGCAUGGGCUGCCAAGGCCGCCGGAGGGGGUGACGGACAUGCUCUCCGCCCUCACUGGCUGGACGCUCCGCUACUUCGCUAUCGUAACAAAGUUCCGCUCAAAGAACAAGCGGUUCGGGUCCAAGCGGUACGGCGCGGCUGACGUGCUGCUCUGGGAGAAGGAAGUCGACGAGCCUGCCACUGGCAUCAAGCGGCGGGGGGCGAAAGUCGUAUUUCGCCUGCACGAGGGCGAGGAGCUGUGGGUUAGCGGGAGCGUGACGGCGUCUACAAGCAUCUCGACGAGCGCGGGGCAGGAGGCGACGGUGAGUGUGGAAAACAAGAGCAGGGGGCGGCUGCUGGAUGUGAGUCGGAUGGUUGCGAUCAGCUCCGAGGCGGCGAGGCCAGCGGCGUCACAUGUCCGCGGGCAUUCGGACGCGUACGGGGACAUGGCGGAGCUGGUGCUUUCGUUUGAGAACGAGCAUUACCGCCUCGCCUUUGUCAACCUCGUCACGCGCUUCAAGGCUGCCGCCGCCACUGCCGCCCCGUUGUCCCGCUCCGCGACGGGCGUGGACUCCCUGCGGCGCGUGAGCACGCGCGCUUCGAGCGAGGUGCAUAUGAAUCCGCCGAUGCGAGGAACAUGAUAACUGGCAGUUGAAACAGUUCCAAAACUGCCUUUUGGUAUUUAAACGGUGAAGGUUGUGUUGUACGAUUAGAGAUAAGUCUGGAAGAUUGGGAAUGAAG